AGAGAGUGAUGGAAGCCUAAAGCCCGCGGAUUUCUUCUCCAAGACCCGCCUCUGGACAAGCAGUGUCGUUCAAGCUUCUCGAAAAAGAGGUGCAUGCGCAACAUUCCUGCGAGUCGCUAAAGCGGUGUUCCUGGCCACCGUCAUAUGGUUUUCAAAUCGGCUGGGAACUUUGACUGCCGCAGCGCUUUGUCUGUGAUGUGCAAGUGUGUCCGGGUGUCUGUACACCCCAGUUCUGAACGAAGUCGAUGAGUCGCUACGGGCCUGUGCUGUCAUUUUUCGAAAACUACCCGGAAUCUGAGACAGUCGCGACCCUCUGCAAGCCCCUUCAGGCCCGAAGUCCAGGACGCAAGACUCGAAUCUUCCAGACUCUUUCGCUCCCUCCGUUUUCCCGGACGUAUCUUUCUGUCGGGCAGAUAACUUGGUUUCCGACUUUGUUGCGACUCCGGCACUGUGCCAACGCGGACAACUGUCUCCACACGCACGUGCACAUCUGACGUUUGUCCUCGAGUGCGGCAGGCCUUCCCGUACUCUGCAAGUGAACUCUGCCCGCGACUUUCCCGGGAAUUCUGCAAGGUCGUUCCGAUUUUCCUUCGUUCCCGCCGGCAGUUCGCACCAUGGGCUGGUGGCCAUUUGGCGGCGGAGACUCUUCCGCGUCCGGCAAAGCAACCGCUUCCACAAGUUUGCCAAAGAGCGAAUUCGAUGAAUUCGUUCCACCUCCUCCAGUGGGUGGAGCCGUCGCGCCUCCGCCCCCUCCGAAAGCACUUGGAGCAACUGCAGUGGAUGUCAACACUCCGUUCAAAGGCUUCUCCAGUCCUCCGCCCGCGCCGCCAGCGCCCCCCUCCACGUCGUCCUCUUCUUCCUCGACCAGUUUUGCGAUGCCAUCCCUGAGUGUCGGGAAAACGGAGGACUAUUAUGCCAAAGAAGACUUCGGCAAAUACUCCUCUCCGUACUCAGAGUCCCCUGGCAUCUAUGACCGCGAAUACAUCGAAGAGGAGAGGCGGCGCAUGCACGGUGGCCGCGAAGCUUCGUUUCUGGACCGCCACGUCACAAAUCCGAGGCUGAGAAACUGCCUGGAAGGCGUCAAGAUGGGAAUGAAGAUGGGAGCCGCGGUCGGCGGCAUUUUUGGACUGCUCACUGGCGGAUACGCCGCCGUGGCCAACCGAAAUCUCCUCAUUCUCCCUGUUUCUGUAGUUGGCGGAGCCGUCAGUUUCGGCUUCUUCCUUGGGUGCGGAAUGGUUAUCAGGUGCGACGAACCUCGCGCUGUCUCUGCACCCUCUGCGCUUCUGGCAAACCAAAAACGAUUUGCUUUCCUCGGUAGAAACGAGCCCGGGGUGAACUCUCCUGGGAGUGCUCGGCUUCAGGCGUGGGAGUGCAAGUUCCCCGUGCUGGAGCGGCGACACCGAUAGUCGUGGAAGGCGCAUGCACCUGAGGAAGGAAACUCGCAGAAGGGUCGUGGCUGGCUCCGCCGCCGAGUCCUAAGCCUGCUGCCUCCAUUUCUUCUCUAGUCGUUGUUGGAACGUUCGACGCGCUUCGAAAGGACACCGAAGCGGGCGGGCGGCGGCCGAUGAGACAGUGCCUCUGGAUGCGUCUGGCGCCAAUGACUUGGGCGUCUAUGGCUAGACUUAACAGAAGGGCAUCCCUCUGGCAGAGCAUGAGUUGUGAUCCCCCUAGCCGCUGCGUUUUCUCGGAAACCUUGAUUUCUGGGUCGCAGUGAGGUACGCCAACCGUUGGUAUUUUGCGCGGCCAGCGAUUGAGGUGUGGCGGUCUCCCGCUUUCAUGUCAAUUUUUUCUCUGUUCUCGCGCCUGGCUGCUUUUUGCUGCGCGUUGCAUCUCAUACACAGAGCGUUUUACGCCUGGCAAAAUCCCUUUCCCCUGACUCUGUGGUUGUGCCCCUACUCUUCGGGGAAUUUGUUCGUGUCCGCCUCUCUCCGGGUGGGUGUUUCUGCUUGUCUCGGAGCCUGUCGUGCCGGUGGUCUUUUCAGAAAGGAGAGUCGUGCGGUUCUGCCGCACAUGCCUUCCUCGAUGCGGUGGAGAAUGAACCUUUGGCUCGCAUCCCUCUCUACUUCCCUCGGUUGGUGCAGUGGAAGCGCGUCUCGUGAAGAACGAUUUACCACUCGAGCAUUCAAAUUUCUCAUCUCGGAUAGUGAUCCUUGAUUAAUACGGGAUGACAUAAUUGCUGACAAACCGU